AUGGAGAAUGGAGAAGGUAACUUAGAGAGCGAAUUUGCAGCAUUGAAGGUGGCCGACUCGUACAGUGCCAAUGGCAGUGAUGGAUUGUUUCAGGUUAUGAAAGCUGUUGAAGCUGCUGAGGCAACCAUCAAACAGCAGGUAGAAGAGAACAACCGAUUGAGAUCCGAAAUUCAGAAAAAAGAUGAGGAACUUGAAAAAUAUAAAUCAGUUGAUGUCAAAUAUCAAACAUCUCAAAAUGCUGAUCGAUGGGGUGGCCACGAGCUGUAUCGAACUGAUCAAGAAAUUUUAAAGAUGGGAAAUAAAAUAGGUGAUGAGUACACUGUGGGAAUCACUUCUCAGCAUGAUUCGCCAAAUUCUUAUACACUUGAAUCAGAUGUGAUUCGGAGUAAUAAGAAUCAUGCAAUGGAAACUCGUGUAGAAAACCAAACUGAUGGCAAUACAGCAAAUGGAUCAUUGAGCUCGAAUCUUGGAGCAUCAGAUAAUUCUGGAGUCUCACAGAUUCAGUCACCAUCUAUCACAUUGUUUACGCCUACAAGGUACCCACAGCAAAGCAAUUUGGACUUGGAGUAUGGAUAUUCGGGGAAGGAUUUGAUUUCAAUGGCUGACAAUAGUUCGAAGCAGGAUAUUGUUGCAAGGAUUCGAGACCAUGAAGAGGAGAUUCAACAGUUGAAAAGGCAUCUUGCAGAAUACUCAAUAAAGGAAGCACAAAUCAGCAAUGAGAAAUACGCCCUCGAGAAACGAAUAUCAUACAUGCGACUGGCAUUUGAUCAGCAACAACAAGAUCUCAUUCUUGCUGCUUCAAAAGCAGUUUCAUACAGACAGGACAUAAUGGAGGAGAAUGUUCGUCUAAAGUAUGCAUUACAGGCUGCUCAACAAGAAAGAACAACAUUCGUAAGUUCUUUAAUGCCCCUUCUUACGGAGUAUUCUCUCCAGCCGCUUGCUGCCGAUGCACAAUCCAUUGUCAGUAAUGUCAAGGUUUUGUUUAGACAUUUACAGGAGCAGCUUCUUGUGACUGAGGGAAAACUCAAAGAAUCGCAGUACCAGCUAGCACCCUGGCGUUCUGAUACGAAUCUCUCCAACUUUCCUCAGUCUCCAAUCUAUCCUAUUGAGAUCAAAGAUGGGCUGGAACUGGUUUCACAACCGACAUAUUCUGAUGGAAAUAUGCAAUCUUUGGAUCCCCAGACAGCAAUGGCUGGAGAUAUGUUGGGUCUUCCGCAAAGUGGAUUGGAAAAUUUGAAGAAUUCGGAGCACGGUGAAUUGGGGAGGCAUCCUCCUUUUUCAAGCAGUCAAAGUCCAUCAGAGCUUUCAUUCAACCAGACUGAUCCACAUCAUGUUCGGAAUAACGAAGGUGCAGUCAGUAAAAAAGUCACAUUUGGUGACCUUGUUAAGAAUACUGAGAUUGAUGAACCUGACAACAGAGGACCCAUGAAUGAUACAGAACCUUCUGUUAACUGGAAUUCCAAAGCAUCAGCAACAACUACUGUUGAUGAUCCCGAGUCCUCAUUUUCUCCUCUUCUACCACCAGUUCUUGAGGAACCUUCGUCCUCCUUCUCUGAGGCUGCAGACGAUGAUCCACUACCAGGAAUUGAGGGUCUCCAAAUUUCAGGUGAAGCAUUUCCUGGUCAGCAACUCCAAGCAUGUGGAUAUUCCAUCAAUGGGACAACCAGUUGCAAUUUUGAGUGGGUACGACACUUGGAGGAUGGCUCUUUUAAUUAUGUUGAAGGAGCGAAGCAACCAAAUUAUCUUGUAACUGCAGAUGAUGUUGAUACAUAUCUUGCCAUUGAAGUACAGCCACUUGAUGAUAGGAAGCGUAAGGGUGAACUUGUGAAAGUCUUCGCCAAUGAGCAUAGAAAAAUUACUUGCGAUCCGGUAAUGCAGAAAUGCAUAGAGAAGACUCUUUACUCUGGUCAUGUUUCUUUCAAGCUCUCUCUUUCGAGUGGAUAUCUUGAUAUAUGGGAACCGGCUGUAUUGGCAAUUAAAAGGGAUAGUUACAGCAUAAAGUGUAGCGGGCCUAGUGGUGUUGUAGUUGCUGAGAAGUUUUCGCCAUCUACAACUGUCACUAUUCCAUACGGAAGUCCUGAUGAAUUCUCGAUAGUUGAUUCUCUGGGUACUGAACGCAUUUUGAGAGUGGACAGUAGCUUGACAGAUAUAAGUGGCUCAAGAGAUACAAUUGUUCUCACCUUGAGAUUAUUCAUCUUGAAGGCCGGUGAAAAGAAGAGGAAGAAGAGAAGCCUGUUCUUUAACAAGUGA